AUGGCGAAAAACGGAAAGGGUAAGAAAAAUAAUUCUAAUGGUGGAGCUAAUAAUGGCGGUUCUAGUCCCAAACAAAAUAACAACGGAGGCAAUAACAAAGGCAAUAACGGAGGCAACAAAAACCGCAAAGGAAGCAAUGAUGGCAACGGAGGAAAUCAAGAAAAAGGUAAAGUACCCGAGCACCUCAUCGAUUGCCGUAUCUGCAACCGAAAAUACCAUUGGGAAUCCAAUUGUCGAGAGAAUCCCUUGGGGAUAGGAAAGAGAAACAAAGAAUCGCUUGAUUGUCGUGUUUGUAAUGGGAACCAUUGGGAAGAUCAGUGUCGGACUUUGAAGGGGGAGAAUGGUGGGAAUAGCAAUAACAACGGAGGAAAAGGAGGAAGCUCCAACUCUGGAAAAUGUCUAGCCCCCAAUGGAGAAGACAUCUCGGCACAUUUACCUAAUGGGAAAUUCCCCAGUCGUCCAUGUAGCAAAUUUAAGGUUGCUGCACAUUGGAAUAUUGCUUGUGAGAAGGAUGGGUUUGAUCCUGUCAAGAACCCGAAUCCUGGUGGGAAGAAAAAUGAUAAUGAGAAGAUGGGUGUUCGCUUUCCAGAUGACGAGUCAAGUGGACCAAUCGGUUCUGCCUACAAUGAAUAUCACAGCGAUCAAGAUGGCAUGGGGGAUAACCCAGCGGAUACUUAUAAGCCUCUGCCUGAUACUCGGUAUGGGUGGGAAAAUGGACUACCAUUUGGAGGAACGCAGGGACAACAGGGACAGUCCCCAAAACACUCCCCACAACUCCCCCCCGUAAAUUUCAUUCCCAGACAAAAGCAAACCCAAGACGAUCCCAACCCUAAGGGCACACCUUACAGCCCCUACAACCCCAACGGCCAAACCAACAGUCACCAACCCGAUUACAUGCCAAACAGCGCCCGAAGAUCCUACCUAACCCAACCUGCGACUGCCAACACCGAACAUCCCGAACAUCCCGACUCGGACGUAGACCGCGCGCAAUGGCGAUCGCACAACUGCGGCACCUGCAAAGAACUCGGACACAAAACCAACGACUGCGCCACCCAUCUCUGGCUUCUACCCACCAAGCAUCCCAACUGGCGUCCUCAUUCCGACCUCCAUCAUCCAUCUAACGCCGUGUAUCCGCGUCCCAACGGCUACUGGAAAGGAAACCCCAUGCGGGUACCGAGUAAAAAUACAUAUAUAUGGCCGCAUCCGCAAAACACGCAUCAGGGGCGUUAUUGGGGGGAGAAUGAUGUGGAGUUGGGUGGGGUCAAGGAUGUGUGGAUCGACCAGGAUGAUAGUGAGGGGGAUAGACAGCUGAGGUGGGGGAUGCCUCCGGGUGGAUGUGGAGGGGUGGAAAAUGGGAACUUGUGUCAGUUUGAUGUGGAUGGCGAUUUGGUUAUGGUUGAUAUUUUGGAUUUGGAGUGGAGGAGGUGGCAGUCGAAAGAGAAGAAAUUGAUAAAGGAGCAGGCGAAGAAACCGUGGUGGCUGGGAGGCCCGAUGGAUUUUUGA